UCCAUCUUCAUUUUUCUUUUAAUAUUUCACAUACCAUGUUUGUUUUCUAGUAUCGCUUGCAGCCUUCAGCCUUCUCUGUCUCUCUCUCUACAACAUUAUAUGCACCACUCUCUUCUCAUUUUCAUUCUCUCCUAUUGGUAGUGUUUCGCCCAAGAAUAUUUUGGUAAGGCGGAAGCAAUCAGUUCGGAAAGAUGGAGAUAACCAAUGUUAUGGAAUAUGAGGAAAUUGCAAGGCAGAAGUUGCCAAAAAUGGUUUACGACUACUAUGCAUCAGGUGCAGAGGACCAGUGGACUUUGAAGGAGAACCGCAAUGCAUUCUCUAGAAUUCUGUUCCGCCCCCGCAUUCUUAUUGAUGUGAGCAAGAUUGACAUGACCACAUCUGUCUUGGGAUUCAAGAUUUCAAUGCCUAUCAUGAUUGCUCCAACAGCCAUGCAGAAAAUGGCCCACCCAGAAGGAGAAUACGCAACAGCAAGGGCAGCUUCAGCAGCUGGCACAAUUAUGACACUAUCUUCAUGGGCUACUUCCAGUGUCGAGGAGGUUGCUUCGACAGGACCUGGCAUUCGCUUUUUCCAGCUCUAUGUGUACAGGGAUAGGAAUGUGGUAGCUCAGCUUGUAAGAAGAGCUGAAAGGGCUGGUUUCAAGGCAAUUGCCCUCACUGUGGAUACUCCAAGACUUGGCCGAAGAGAAGCUGACAUCAAAAACAGAUUUACUCUGCCGCCAUUUUUGACUUUGAAGAACUUUGAAGGAUUGGAUCUUGGAAAAAUGGAUAAGAGUGAUGACUCUGGACUAUCAUCAUAUGUUGCUGGCCAAAUUGACCGAACACUUAGCUGGAAGGAUGUAAAGUGGCUUCAGACAAUCACAUCACUGCCAAUCCUGGUGAAGGGUGUGCUGACUGCAGAGGAUACUAGGCUAGCCAUCCAGAAUGGAGCUGCUGGAAUCAUCGUCUCCAAUCAUGGAGCUCGCCAGCUUGAUUAUGUUCCUGCAACUAUUAUGGCCUUGGAAGAGGUUGUCAAAGCUGCUCAAGGCCGAGUUCCAGUUUUUCUUGAUGGUGGAGUUCGUCGUGGAACAGAUGUUUUCAAGGCAUUGGCUCUAGGAGCAUCUGGAAUAUUUAUUGGAAGGCCAGUUGUGUUCUCAUUGGCUGCUGAAGGUGAAGCUGGUAUUAGGAAAGUACUUCAAAUGCUUCGCGAUGAGUUCGAGCUAACAAUGGCAUUAAGUGGCUGCCGCUCGCUCAGGGAAAUUACCCGUGACCACAUUGUAACUGACUGGGAUCUUCCUCGCCCUGUUGCCUCUGCCAGGUUAUAAGGCAGUUGACUAAAAUGGAAAUUGUCAUUAGAAUCACAUAUAUCGGAUUGAUCAAUAUUUGGAAGAAAUUUGAACUUUUGUAAUAACAAUCAACAGUAUUGCUAUGAAUGGCCACUGCUUUUUCCUUGUA